CACGCACGUGAUCGACCUAGUCGUCGAGCCUAAUGCCAUGGUAUACCGGUACAUGUUGCAUGUUGAAGGCCCUACUCGGACAUGUCGAAACUCCCGAAAAUGCAUAUAUUUUCAGUAACUCUUCUUUUUCUUUGGUUAAACGGGCUAUAUUUUGUGGAAUGUGGGUUGCCACUUGUAAUCAAUACCUGGCCAUUUACAAACGCAACAGAGAAGGCUUGGAAUGUAAUUAACAGAGGGGCCUCUGUACUAGAUGCUGUGGAGGAGGGUUGUUCAGUCUGUGAGGUAGAGCAAUGUGACUUCACUGUUGGCUAUGGCGGAAGUCCUGAUGAAUAUGGGGAGACCACACUGGAUGCUAUGAUCAUGGAUGGGGAUACUCAUACAGUUGGUUCUGUUGGGGGACUUCAUCGCAUUAAGAGUGCUAUUUCAGUUGCUAGAGCUGUAAUGAUGUACACGAAAGAGACUUUGCUAGUGGGAGAAUCAGCCACCAAAUUUGCAAUCGAAAUGGGAUUCAAGCAGGAAAAUUUAACAACAAACAAAUCAAGAUCUAUGUGGGAGGAAUGGCGAAAAUCAAAUUGCCAACCCAACUUUCGACAGAAUGUGUCCCCUGACCCGUCAAAAUCAUGCGGUCCAUACACCCCAGUGAAAAGAGAUCACGUGAUGUCAAACGAGAGAGGGCGCUAUAACAAGGAUGUCAGCAGCAAGAAUCAUGACACAAUUGGUAUGAUUGUGAUCGACUCUGAUGGGCAUAUAGCAGGGGGUACAUCCACGAAUGGUGCCACUCAUAAAGUGCCAGGGAGAGUUGGGGAUUCCCCUAUUGCUGGAUCAGGUGCCUAUGUAGAUAGAGAAGUGGGCGGGGCAGCUGCAACAGGGGAUGGUGAUGUAAUGAUGCGAUUUUUACCAAGCUAUCAGAUUGUGGAGAAUCUAAGGAACGGGAUGGCACCUGACAAAGCAUGUCUGUCUGCGCUUGAGAGAAUCAUCAAAUAUCAUCCAGAUUUCAGCGGUGCUCUUAUAGCUGCUACCAUCAAUGGAAAAUAUGGUGGAGCUUGUCAUGGUUUUUCAUCCUUUCAUUACUCAGUCAGGGACCCAUCGAUGUCCUCAGUCCAAGUCAUUGAAGUGCCUUGCUCAUCGUUCCCUCAUGUCAUCACUUACAAUUCUUCAAGUAUUGAUUAAAGGACAAAACCCUAUCAACUAUCUUUAUUGCACAUAGCCAAUGAUGAGCGAUAUUGACUAUCAACAUCAAAAUCCUGAGUAAAUUUGCUACGACUUCCAGUAGCAAACAGUGCAGCAGCUCCACUCAGCGCCAUCAUAAACAGCCAGGAAGCUUCACCUGAGUAUGAAAGUUCAAAUUCAUUGUUUUUCUAGUGCUACCAGAUUUUUGAAUUGUUUGCACAGUCAUAUAGAUUAAUUUCAGUGAUAGACAGUUCGACAACUGAGAGGAAUUUUGAACAGUCAAGGUAUUCCCAACGCUGGGAAAAGAUGACAAAAACCACACUGGAAAAACUCCUCACAGCACGUCUGGGUUUACGAAAGGAAGCUUUUGCUAUUGGAAGCAUGAUUAUUGGCUAUAUGUGAUUAGAAGAAUGAUUUAAAUGGGUUCAUGUUUUGGUCAUUUAACUUCUUUGUCAGUAUCGACUUCAUUUUAUAUCUAUUCACCGUUUCUCUUGCAGUUUAAUUACGCGAAUUUGAUCCUGAAGAAAGGCAGAAAUAUGAAAAAAGACCAUGUCUCUGUUGAUCUUGACAGAGUCACCCAUUUUAGUUCAGCUACCAAUACAAAAUGUAAACACAAUAGGAAUUCCAUUUGCCUGCUUAAAUAACAGAAGUUUAGUAACAAACGGUUGCAAAACACUAAUAAUUACGGCAAAGGUUUGUGGCACCAUUGUACUCAUGCUAUGCACAUGUCACUGAAAUUUGAGUCGAAGAGCAAUGCAAUACUUUAUAUUUUCACUAAUCUUGAAUAGGGAGAAGAUGUAUUGUCAAAUGUCUUUCAUGACAAUGAACAAAGCAGUUUCACCUUUGACUCUGUGGACUAACAACAUAUUUGCAAUUUUUUGUCAGCUCCAUCAGCUGUUUGGACGAAGACCUCCCAGCUGUUCAUUGUAAUUUGCUGGCAUUUUUCAAUAGAUUUACCAUGCUCUUGAAUCUGUUGUGGUUGCAAACACUCCCUACUGUCAUAUCAUGUAAAACAUGAAGUACUUCUUGUUUGUAAUUUGUUAUGAUGAAAAGGAAAUAUUAAAGGACAGGAAAUAUGUUUUGUGAAUGUAACAGAAACCUGUUUAUUUGUCUGUUCACUUGGUUCCUUCUCUAAACCCCUUUUCCUUUCUAUAUAUCCGCUCCUUUGUUUCUCUUGGACUUUGGCUACAAGGGUUGAGUUCAAGAUGCAUUUUCCGAGCACUUAAUUAGAUGCCACUUGCAAAUCCUCCCUAAUUCCGAUUUCAAAAUGUUGGUACUUCUGCCAUGGCAACAGGCCCCCAAAGUGUUCAGAUUGCAGUAGAUGCUAAUAAUACGAGUUUUAGGAGGCUCUGACGACAGAUGUCUUGCACAAGAAUCUCUUGUUUGGAACCACUGCUGUGAUGUGAACAAAACAGACUUCAUAACUGCAGUACGCUACUCAAAGCAAACACAUGAACGUAAUCACACAACAUAUUUAUAAGCAAAUACAUGCAGUAUUUAUUACCGACUUACAGUCAAUUCACAUCAUUCAAGAAAUAACCAAUAAUAAGAAAAAUAAAGGCCGUUUCUUGUGUAAAAAAGGGUGUAUGAAAGUUUGUAUCUCUUGUGUUUGAAAGAUAGGAGUAAAUUGAUAAAAUAUUCAGUGAAUUCUAAUUUCCUAUCUAUCAAAAUAAUGGAUACAAAUUGGGUAAAUUCUAGAAUAUUGCUAGGAAAGUGCAUAAUAAUUCUAGUUGAAUUCAUUUACAUUACUAAAUCGACUUAUUAAAAAUCAUGAUUAAAACGGAAGUAACACAAAAGGUGGGCAAGAAUCGUUAUCUCUAAUAAUACAAAAGACAUUAUGGAAGAGAAAAUUAUUAGACAUUACAUCAUAGGAAGACAAUACAUUCACUCGCUUUACUACAAUUUCGCCAGUGAAUUCAUAAUCGCCAUUCAUCGACAAUUACAUGGUCUUUAAAAGAACGAAAACCCAAGAUCAACAUGAACUUUAACAGCAAAUCAUGACCAUACAUGUACAAACAAUUUCAUCACCAUAACUCCCAUGUGCGGCUACAUUGCUGCUACAACUACCACUAGAGUAAAAUAUGUAGGCCUCUCCAUCAAUACUAUUAUUCAUCUUCAAGUGCACUUCUGCAAUCACUCUGAAAGUCCAUCUUAUUGCUUUAUUUCUGUACAUUUCUUGAUUAUCUUGACCUGAAAAAUAACAGGUAUCUUCUACUGCCA